CACCCCCUCGAGCCCGCUCACACUCCCCACCCCCUAACGCCUGCCACUGACCGGGACGGCGUGUGGGAGAUGUUGAAUCCUCAGCGGGACAGUGGAAACUAGUCGGCUGGUGACUGAAACUCGACGUUGCGAGAAGAAGUUCUGCUGCUGCUCGGCGGGAUGAUCGGCGAAAAUCCACUCGCAGGAGACACGAAUUCGAGCGCCGAGCAUUUGUUUGGACACCGAGGAGGAAGAUGAAGGCUGUGAUGAAGACGUUCGUGGUUGUUGUUCUCCAAACUGUGCUCCGAUAUGCCGUCUGCCGAGAUGUAACGCUUCCCACUGGACCGCUGUACCGUGUCGCCGGCUUCCAGCUCUCCCUGCCCUGUUCUGUGCAUGGAUACGAGGGCCCACGCACACAGGACUUCGAGUGGUUCCUUUACCGGGAUGACGCCGGCGGGAGGCAGAUGGGAGUGAUUUCCACCCGAGACAAGGGGUUUCCCUAUGCCCCCUUCCAGACCCGGGUGAGAAACGGCGAGGUGAGAGUGGACAGGGACUCUGGGGACAAAGUCCGGCUGAUGAUCCAGAGGCUGAGAGCUGAAGACCAGGGGAAGUACGAGUGCUACACUCCAAGCACCGACUCCAAGUACCAGGGAAACUACAGCGCCACUGUCACUGUGAAAGUGAUUCCGGACACUCUCCAGAUCAGCUACACCCGCUCGCUCACCGGUCAGCCCACACCAGAGGGGGCCGAAUUAACUCUGACCUGCUCGGCCGGCAUCCAGUCUGAGCAGCUCACCCAUCUGUCCAUCACGUUCGGAAAGCGAGGCGGUGGCCCGGGGAGUCCUGGGAGUGGAGCCGGAGGAGAGGUCAGCACCGUGAGGGAGAUUAUCUCCAUCGACAAGCUGCUCGGGGUCGUCCCCGGACGCUGGUACAAGCAGCGAUACGACGACGGGGAGAUCACGCUGGAGAAGAGGAACGGUGAGGGAGGAUUGGGGAACUAUGUGUUGAAGAUGAAAGCCGUGCAGCCCAGCGACACCGGAUCGUAUUUCUGUGAGGCGUCGCAGUGGAUUUUGGACCCAAAUCGGUCAUGGCAGAAGAUCGCACAGAGGACUCUGGAUAUUGGCAACUUGACUGUGCAGCAACUCGCGGAGUCCAUGAGCGUGGUGUCGUCCCCCAAAGGGGAGGUGACCGUCCAGCUGGGCUCCCCUCUCAUCCUGUCUUGUGAGGUCCAGGGGCUUCCUCCUGAAGUGAACUCGGGUCUGCUGGUCCAGUGGAUGAAGAGAGGAUCAGUGAGCAGUGACUCAGCCGCCGGAGGUGUCGAGGUGGAAGUGGCUCGCAUGAGCACGGAUGGGGUUGUGAGUUGGGGCGACGACCUGAGCCGAGCCAACGGUGGUUCCAUGGAGAAAGUGGCGAGGGCGAGAUACUCUCUGAAACUGUUCUCGGCCCGUCCCUCUGACUCCGGGGUCUAUCGAUGCGUGGUCAGCGUCUACGCCGGGAGAAGGAACCCCGACCCUUCCAUCCCUGCUACUCUCACCCAGAGGUCAGAGGGCGUCACUGUCAACCUGAGGACCAAAGAUGUUUUGGUGUCGGCCGUGGCUCAGCUGCCGCGUGGCCCCCUGUUGAAAAGAGGCAGCACCAUCACCGUCAUCUGCAAUGUCACCGUGACCACCACAGGCCCCGCCCAGGCACAAGUGCAGUGGCUGCGCUGGCCGAUCCCCGACCCUCUCGGGACGCCGCGUCAGGGUGCCGACGACACCGCUCCUGUGGAGGAGCUGCCACCCACCAUGGUGGCCGCGCUGAUGUACGACGGCGUCUCGCAGAUCUUCAUCAACAACAGCGAGGUCAGCGUGGAUCGUCUGACGCCGGUCAGCUACAGACUGAGGGUCCAUGCCGCGACGAUAGAAGACGAAGGGAUGUACUCGUGUCGCGCCGAGGCCUGGGGGCAGGACCCGCACGGAGCGUGGUACAACACCAGGGUCAAAGCCGAGUCCAACUCAGUCACUGUUUACCUUUAUGCCAGAGCUAUGGACCUUCUCCUCAUCCCCCUGAUCGUCGGAAUCUUGUCCGCUCUGUUUGUGGGCAUCGUCAUCAUCGCCACGGUAACCUGCUGCUUCAUGAGGCGGCUGGCCAGACGUCAGCCUCGGAAAUAGGCGUCUCCUUUCACCUCCGCCUGAGAGGCGGAACUGAUUUCUCUGGUAUGAAAUGAAGUGAAACACUUCUCACCUACAGUCAAUGCCAAAAGAAUCUGUUUUAUAUUCUUGUGUAUUUUUAUAAUCAAAGUCAUUUCUGGAACUGAAACCACCUGUUUUUUUGUUGUUUUUUUAUUUUUUAUUCUUCCCUCACAACCCGUCACUCAUGACAGAUCGUAACCCCGGUGAUUCCUGCUACACUCUGAGUCUAAAAUAUCCCAAUGCUCUCAAUGUUAUUUUUGCACUACGUUUUCUCCUUAAAUUCGCAUGAGUUGCUGCCACCGUUGGUUGUGAAGUCGUCACACGGACCUGCACACAGAGUGUGAGCGCUGGAACCGUCGACAUGAAUGCACUGCUGCUCCAUACACAAAUACUGAGGUCAAAACGGUAUUUAAACUGAGCUGUACAUACACUUGAGCUGUUUCGUUUUGACUUGCUGUGUGUGUGUGUGUCUGUUUAACAUUCUGCUGCUCUCCCUUCCUACGCGAACACCCGCACUCAGUAUGGGCAUGGAACCAAACCCCCUCCAAUGUUUACUUGAGUUACUCGGGAGAAGUCACCGUGCUGUUGAUGGGAGGUGGAGCUUCUAAAAAUUUGUGAGGCUUGUUCCACAUGAACACAGGGAAUCCUUCAGUUUGAUGAUGCCCGUUUGUUUCGGGUUGUUUUGGCUGUUUUUGUUUACAAUUUGGGAUUUUAGUUCAGGUUCUGGUUAGAUCAGAGGACCUUCAUAGUUAGUAUCUCAGUUAGGGGACCUGGAUCUGACUCAUCUAUUCACGCCCUUCAGUGAAUUAAAUUACAGAGAAGUAAGAAAAAGAAGAAGUAGCUAUUUUUAUUUAAAUAUUAGCUAAGGACCUGAGAUUAUUUGUUCAUAUCUUCGAGGUUUGACUCUUUUUAUAUUUGUAACUGUAAGAGCUGUGUUUGUAGCAUCAUUACUUUUCUCGGCGUUGUUGCGAGUCCCUGUGUGCAUGUGGACUGAGCUGCUGCCCCCAAACUUCUUCUCGCCGUCUUCUCGCCAAGUUUCCUCUCAUUGCUCUAAUGAGAGGCGCGUUUCCGCCCAAGCAUCCUGGCGUUAGCCUCACUGAUCCGCUGUCCAAAUCCUGUUUAGGACACCAACACACGCCACCCGCCGAUGACACGUUCGCACUGGCACACACGUGCUGGCUGACAUUUGGGAUGAGCAAGUAUCUGCGUGUACUUCUCUAAUCCCGCAGCGCGCCUCCCUCCACCUCCCCCUCCCCCUCCCGCACCAGACUGCUGACGCUGUUCCCAGCUGUAAUUAUGUGUUGUAGUUUUGAUCGUUUUUAUAUCUGCUCCUCUUUAAAACCACUGUCCCUGAAUGCAUCUGAAACCCACUUCUGUUGGUUAUUAUUAUUGCUCAGUAUGUUUCUCAUGGUGCUCUGUUGAAAGAAAACUGCCAGCUGAUAAACAAAUAAACCACUCAGACUGUC